CGCGCCGCGAUGACGUCACGCCCGCCGCCAGCUCCCAUUGGCUGAGACCGAGACUUCCCCGAGGUGGCGGGAGAUUCCCUCGCCUCGGCUCCCGGGUGCCAUGGAAAGACUGGCGAGCGUUCGCGCGCGGCUGCAGGAGUGGGAACGCGCUUUCGCGCGGCUGCACGGGAGACGGCCAGCGCGGGAGGACGUGGAGGCGGCCCCUGAGGACACGCGCGCGCUCUACCGUGAGUACCGCAACCUGAAGCAUGCAGCGCGCCAGGCCGGCGACGGACACCGCAGCCUGGAGCAGUCUCUCGCCGAGACAGCUGAGGAGGCACAGGAACCAAGCUGCUGGGGUCCCCACCUGAAUCGAGCCGCAACCCAGAAUACACAGCCUACGCCCAGGCAGGGCCCACUGGGUUCAGUACAGGACUAUGGGAAGAGGCUCAAAGCCAAUCUGGAAAGCAACCCGAAAACAGCAAAGCUGCAGACUAGGCCAGCCCUGAGCCGAAAAUGCCAGCCUCGGAAGAGAGCCUUGUCCACCGUGCCCACCCCAAGGCCCCCAGGCCCAAGGACCUGUCCAGACGAAACUAAUGAUGUACUUCCCAGGGUUGCUGAGCCCCAGCCACGGCUAGGCCAUCUCCAGCAGCUUCAGGCAUCCCUGAGUCUGAGGCUGAGUUCCCUAGAUCCUGGCUGGUUAGAGCGAUGUCAAGACAGAGUUUCAGACCUUCUAGAGGUCCCCAGUGCCUGUGGGCUUGACCUGGAUGGAAAGGAGUCACAGCCCCAGAUAUCAGGCAAGGUGAAUGUCCUUGAUCCUGGUACCCGUUCAGAAGGGUCUUCACAGAGCCCAGGGGGCCUAGCCACACAGCCACAGAGCCCCAAACCCAGCAACAAGACAGACAGGAAAUGGACGCGGAAUGAGAGUUCGGAGGACCGUGCACAAGCCCAGGACAGUGGCCAAGCAGGACUGCUGUCUGAGGGAGCCCGGGCUAGCGCACAUGAGAAAGACCCUCCAGGAGAAGCUGCGAGCGCGCCCCGGCCCCACAACUCCUCCAAGAGGGCCAGGACAGAGACGGCCAAGGACAAAGCCCACGCCUCCACUAGACCCGCUUUCCUGGACAGAGGGAACUACAUCCGACUCAACAUGAAACACAAGUGCUAUGUACGAGUUGGCGCCAGUCGAGGCAGGCUUCUCCGGAAGCAGGUGUGGAGGCAGAAGUGGCGGAAGAAAGCGGGGCAGUUUGGGGGCGGCAGAGCCGGAGCCGAAGCCCAGGACGCCUGUUUCCGGUGUGGGCAGUGUGGUCACUGGGCUUCCCAGUGCCCCCAGGCAGGCUCCACCCGGACCUUCCAGGAAGACAGUGGCAGGGAUGACAAACGGCCCGUUCCCACUUUGGAAGAAGAAGCACAGAUGGCAGGCACUCCUUCCUGUCACCUGCCUGGUCAGGACACAGACCCUGAUGGGCCAAAGCUGCAAGUCCCCUGUCCUCCCCGCCCAGUGCCGCCCCUCUACCCCCCGGGGCCCUUGGGGCAUACAACAGAGACCCCUGCUGAGGUAUUCCAGGCCCUGCAGCAGCUGGGGCACCAAGCGUUCCGCCCUGGACAAGAACAGGCAAUCAUGCGGAUUCUCUCAGGCAUCUCCACUCUGUUAGUGCUGCCCACAGGCGCUGGCAAGUCUCUGUGCUACCAGCUGCCAGCACUGCUGUAUGCCCAGCGAAGCCCCUGCCUCACCCUGGUGGUCUCCCCUCUCCUGUCACUCAUGGAUGACCAGGUGUCUGACCUGCCCGCAUGUCUGAAGGCAGCCUGCCUCCACUCGGGUAUGACCAAAAAACAACGAGAAGCUGUCUUGAAAAAGGUAAAGGCGGCCCAGGUGCAUGUGCUGCUUGUGUCCCCAGAGGCCUUGGUCGGGUGUGGGGCUAAGGGCCCUGCCAGCCUCCCCCAGGCCUCUGAACUGCCUCCAAUCGCCUUCGCCUGCAUCGACGAGGUCCACUGCCUCUCCCAGUGGUCACACAACUUCCGGCCCUGCUACCUGCGUGUUUGCAAAGUGAGCUUUUGUUGGGCUCCAGAUGGCAGGUGGGCUGGAGCUCAGGGGUGCGAGGUGACUCAACACUACCCCUGCCUGCCUCAGGUACUUCGGGAGCAUCUGGGCGUGCACUGCCUUUUGGGCCUCACAGCCACAGCCACACGAAGCACUGCCCGUGACGUGGCCCAGCACCUGGGCGUAGCCGAAGAGCUGGAGCUCAGUGGGUUAGCCAGCAUCCCUGCUAAUCUGCACCUCUCCGUGUCCAUGGACAGAGACUCAGACCAGGCUCUGGUGACACUGCUGCAAGGUGACCGCUUUUGUGCCCUGGACUCUGUCAUCAUUUACUGUACUCGACGAAAAGAUACAGAACGGGUGGCCGCCCUCCUCCGGACCCGCCUGUCUAUGGCGACAGAGCCAAGGCCUAGAGGUUGUGGCCCUGAGGCUCUAGCUGAAGCAUACCAUGCUGGCAUGUGCAGCCAGGAACGGCGACGCGUGCAACAGGCCUUCAUGCAGGGCCACCUGCGGGUGGUGGUGGCCACGGUAGCCUUUGGGAUGGGGCUGGACCGGCCAGAUGUCCGGGCCGUGCUGCACCUGGGACUGCCUCCAAACUUCGAGAGCUAUGUGCAAGCUAUUGGCCGUGCAGGACGUGAUGGGAAGCCUGCCCACUGUCACCUGUUCCUGCAGCCCCAGGGUGAAGACCUUUGGGAGCUGCGCAGACAUGCCCAUGCCGAUGGCACUGACUUCUUGGCUGUGAAGAAGCUGGUGCAACGUGUAUUUCCAUCCUGCACAUGCACCCAGAGGCCUAUGUCCAAACCCCUGCUUGAGGAGACCAAAGAGCGCGACAGCCAACAAACACACCCUGCAUUGCGACAGGCCUGCCCGGGCCACACGCGGGCAUUCCCAGUGCAGUCUACAGUACAGGCUCUGGACAUGACAGAGGAGGCUAUUGAGACUCUGCUGUGCUAUCUGGAACUCCACCCUCGGCGCUGGCUGAAGCUGCUGCCAUGCACUUAUGCCCACUGUCACCUACGCUGCCCUGGGGGCAGUGCUCAGCUGCAAGCUCUGGCCCACAGGUGUCCCCCAUUGGCUGCAUGUUUGGCCAAGUACCCACCUAAAGACACGAGUCGGGGCCGCAGCUCCUUAGACUUUGACAUGGUGGAGCUGGCAGACUCGAUGGGCUGGGAGCUGGCUUCUGUACGGCGGGCUCUCCACCAGCUGCGGUGGGACCAGGAGCCAAAGAAAGGUGCACCACGGGGCACAGGGGUGCUGGUGGAGUUCAGCGAGUUGGCCUUUCAUGUGCACAGUCCUGGUGACCUGACAGAUGAGGAGAAGGACCAGAUCUGCGACUUCCUGUACAGCCGUGUACAGACUCGUGAACACAAGGCCCUGGCCCAUCUACACCAAAUAUCUAAGGCCUUUCGCAGUGUGGCCUUUCCCAGCUGCGGACCCUGUCUAGAGCAGGCUGAUGAGGAUCGCAGCAACCAGUUAAAGACCUUGCUCAGCCACUACUUUGAGGAAGAGGAAGAGGAAGCUGUGAAGGAUGAGCAGGGUCCAGAGCCUGGGCAGAGCGAGCUUCAGGACUGGGAGGACCAUAUUCGCCGUGAUAUCCACCAGCUCCUGUCCCUGAGGCCAGAGGAGAGGUUUUCAGGACGGGCUGUGGCCCGCAUCUUCCAUGGCAUCGCAAGUCCCUGCUACCCAGCCCAGAUAUAUGGGAAGGACCAGCGCUUCUGGAGAAAGUAUCUGCAUGUGAACUUCCAUGCCGUGAUGCGCCUGGCCACAGAAGAACUGCUGAGAGGCCGGUGACCGCCCUCCACGGGAGAGCGCUACACGAUGGAGACAUGAGGCAGGCCAGACGUGGCCACCACACAGGGCUCAGGUUCGUCUGCCCACCAGGGCACUGAUGUAGCCAUCACUGACCAUUAGGCAGAACCUCCUAGGUUGCAGGAAGGGGACAAGAAGAUCCAAAGUACAAAAUAAAAAACAUUCAAUCAUUUUA